UUCACCAUGAAAGAGAUCUCUCUAAUUUCUUAGCUCAAAGCAAAGACAAAUCAUUUCUCUCUUUCUCUCCAUAGAGAAGACUCUCUCUCUCUCUCUAGUUUUCUUGAUUUUUUUCUGGUGUCCUUUAAGACGAUCAAGCUAGGAAACAUGGGAAGUAGUUUCUUUGGUAGACCAAACAUGGGAGGGUCUUCGCCAUCUUCAUCGUCUCCAACGUCGUCUUCUUCUUCUCCGGCGACAAGAAGAGGGAAAAAGAAUGGCUCAGAGAAGCCCAAGCAGCCACAGAGAGGUCUCGGAGUAGCACAACUGGAGAAGAUUAGAUUACACGGCGAAAUUAGUUGCAAUAGCUUCAACAAUUAUAACCCUUCUUUGUAUCCUCAGGAGGAUGUGAGGAUGCAAGGAUAUUCAUCCAUACCAUCACCAUCACCAUCACCAUCACAAUCUUCGGCUCCUUACGGUUUCUAUCCAAACAUGAUGAUGGGAGUACACAGAGAUCAAUACGAAAGAGCAAACAUGAGUUGGAACCCAAGCCACGGCAUCUUGGAGAGCCAACAUUCUUUCGAACCAAACAUCACCAGACGUUUCUUAAACGAGGAUCCAAGUUCGACAAGGCGAAGUAAAUCUUUGGGAUCUGGAAACCAAAACUCGGGAUCGAGUGAAAAUCAAGAGCUAGAUUUGGAGUUGAGAUUGUCACUUUGAUCAUUAUUUUUGUAAUAGUUUGGUUAAAAUAAAAAAGAAGUCGAAUCAUUUCAAUUUGUAGUCUUUAUAUCGUAGGGGUAUGUUUAAAAGUAAUGGAGAGAUUGUUUGUACA